UGCGAGGCAGUUUUCUCAUCGCAGUCAGUAGUGUUAAAGCAUCACAGCAGGCGCUUGGCAGCGGAGAGAGGACGACUAUGUGGUAGGCUCUGCGUCUCUACAAAGAGGCCGUGGGGUGCGAGAACUGGGGAGACGGUCAGCCCAGUCAGGUAGAGGAAGAUCUCUGGGAAGACUCCAUGCUUCAGUGCUACAGUCACCUUACUGACUGGCAGGAACCUGGAAAAAGCAGUGGUAGUGAACAUUGAGAAUGAAGACGGAAGUCCUUCAAAACUUGACAAAAUCUGGGAGGAAUUCAUACCACAAGGAGCACUAUCUGCCGCACCUGAUGCGGGCGAAGCUCAAACUGGCCUGCAGCGAAGUUGAGGACACCACCACUUCACCGACUUUCUCAACAGGUCUCUGGGAGAUGCCGACAGAAAAGCACUGCUGGAGACUCGCCACUCCACGGAGCUGGCUCUUUACAGCAUCAUCAGAGGAGACCUGGACAGGGCCAAGUACUACAACACCAGUCACUCCAGAUGUUUCUUCAGGACUGGUCCAGUUUGGAUAUGCUGCUGGUUAACAGCCGUUCCGCAAAACUACAAGAACUGCAGCUUCUCACAGAGAUCCAGGAAUUCAUUCACUUCAUGACCAACUCUGCCAACUUUGAGAGUGCCAGCCCAGUCAAAGGUCUGCUGUCCAAGUGGGAGACGAGAUUCCCCACCCAAAACUGGACCCUCUUCCCGUCUGGGACGAUAUUGUCACCUCCAGGUGCAUGAUGAUGAGGAAGAUGAUGGAAAGGUUUCAAGACAGCCCUGCAGCUGCUGACGGUGGUCUGGGUGACUCCAUGGAGGUGGACGGAGGUGGAGUAAACUUACCCCUACUCCAGGAGAGGUUUUCUCGGGAGUACACCAAACUCUACAUGAAGAUGGCAGCUGUGGCGAGGCAGCAGUCCAACUACGCAGUGUGUCACAAGUACCUCAGUCUCACAGAGAAGGCCAUUAAGGAGUUCUUCCCAGGUGACUCGAAGCUGCAGCUGGACUGGCUGCGAAACGUGGCAGAGAUGAGGAUUCAGCAGGCAACCCAGGACCCAUCUCCCACCAAGAUAGAACCGCUGGUUGCUCUCCUUGACAAACUUGAGGCAGCAGGGAAGGCAUCCCUGGCAGGUAACCAUUCGCUGGCAAGAAGGCACUACCUUUUGGAGGGCCGUGCUUUUGAUGUGUUGGCAAAAGCCUUCAGUGACGAUGGGGAGAAUAUAGUCAAUGUGCUGCAGGAGAGUCGAGUGGUUCAACUGAAUAAGAUGCUUGGACUACCGCCUUCAGCUUUACCUCCACACGACGAGGUGACCCGCAAACUGUUGCUGAAAUCUCUGGGUGCGUUCAAGAGUGCCACGAAGGCGGGCACGUCUGAGAUGAAUGUGACGGAGAAGCCGGAGGGCAUGGUGAAGGCACUCACAGAGAUGGCUCUCUUCUGUGACAGAGCUCUCCAAGCCGAGGAGGACGGAGAUGCCACGCCUCUCGAUACUGAGCAAUUCCCUAGUGUGGUGGUGAUGUACUCGCUCAAGGCCAUGAAGUACGGGUGUCGAACAGCCGUCCAGCGGUUCCCUCGACUACUGCAGCUCCUAGAGCUCCACCCAGCCACCACCAGCGACUUCAAGAAGAAGUGUUGUGAGGUGCCUCAGUGGAUGUUCAUUGGCUGGAUCAGUCAGAUGUUGCCUCUAAUGGACAAAGCAGAGGGAGAGGCCGUGGAAGGAAUCCUACACUCCAUUGCAGUGACCUACCCUCAGGCCAUUUGCUACCCAUUCAAGAUCAGCAUGCACGACUUCAAGUGCGAUGACAGUGCCGUGGGCAAGCAGAGGUUGGAAUCUAUCAACAGACUCAAGGCCAGUUUGGACAGCAAACUUGUGGACGACUUUGUCGUGGCACUUGAGCAGCUGAACUCACCCGAACUGGCGUGGAAGGACAUGCUGGAGAUGGAGCUCCAGCCUCUGAUGGAGCAGACGGCGGCGCGGAGGAGUGGGGAGCAGGUCAAGAAGAUAUGGAGACAGAUUUACUCGCAGCUCCUGGACGGCAGGGCCUCCCAGAGCACCAGUAGUCAGAGCAGCUCUCUCUAUGGGACGCAGUCCACCUUCUCCCUGCAGGCUGGCGAGAGGAUAAAAAAAUUUGCGAGGGACCACUUGAAGAAGAUUGAAAAGGGGUUUGGAGGGAAGGACGGAGACAAGCUGGUCAAGAUGGCACCCAAGACGUUUGCCGUGGCCUGCAAAGAGCUGUUUGAUGGGAUGAGACCGAUGCUCAACAAGUCCUCGGGGCCCGGACUCCUCAAAGAGUAUUCGCCCUGGCUCCACAAUUUUCAUGCCAGUAGCUCUGAUCUUUACACCGACACCAUUGAGGUCCCAGGUCAGUACACUGGUCAUUCUGAGCCACUUCCCGAGCACCACGUCAAGAUUGCUGGAUUUGAUGAGAAGGUGUUGGUGAUGAGUUCCAUGAGAAAACCCAAGAGACUCACAAUUCGAGGAGGCGACGAGAGAGACUACAUGUUCCUGGUGAAGGCUGGGGAGGACCUCAGACUAGACCAGAGGAUUGAGGAAUUGUUUGGUGUGAUGAACGGUAUACUGAUGGAGGACCCUGCCUGCUCCCAGAGGGGACUCCAUCUCACUACCUACAAAGUCAUCCCCAUGACUUCCAGGGUUGGUAUGAUAGAAUGGGUUCAGAACACAAAGCCACUCAAGGACUUUGUCCAGUCGGCCCUCAGUGAUGAGGAGAGGAAAAACUAUGGGUGAGUAUAAUAUUAUAGCUACCACGCCAUUGGCUCUCAGACUUUCCUGACGUCAUUGAUCUCAUAUUCACAGGAGACCAGCAGCCAUGCAGGUCGAAUGGCUGCAAAAGAAGUAUAGCAACAACUACAAAGUGAUGUACAAAAAAGCCCCCAGAAGUGAGGUUGAGAAAAAGUACAGAGAAAAGGUUCAAGCUCUUCCGUGGGACAUGCUACGGUCUGUAGAACUUUGAUAAACCAGAAUUUAUAGUGCGAGCUUGGUUUUUUUCUUUUUUCAGUCAGGGGUUUUUCAAGCUGUCGUCUUCACCCGAGGCUUUCCUAAUUCUCCGCUCGCACUUUGUCCUCACGUACGCCACUCUCAGUAUAUGCCACUAUGUGCUGGGUAUAGGAGAUCGCCACCUCUCAAACUUCAUGGUGGACCUCGAGAGCGGGGCUGCCGUUGGGAUCGACUUUGGUCACGCUUUUGGAACUGCUACACAACUUCUGCCAUACCCGGAGCUGAUGCCGUUCAGACUGACCCCGCAGAUGACCAGCCUCAUCAGACCUCACUCGGAGAAAGGACAGCUGCGUAGCUGCAUGACCCACGUCCUCCGUGCGCUUCGCAACAACCCGGAACUUCUCCUGGCAACCAUGGACAUCUUUGUAAAAGAACCUCUUCUGGACUGGCGAGUAAGAGACAGUAACCCUAGCCACCCAAUUCCAAACAUUACGCCUGAAAAGUUUAGCAUUCAUCGGUGGUAUAUAGAGAGCUUUACUACUUUAAUGCUACUUUCAGGCAAAUGCUAAGAAGCAAUGUAGAGCACUGAAGAUGGACGUGCCUAAAGAAGAGUCCUGGUAUCCAAAGGAAAAGCUGAAACAAGCAGAGAAAAAGCUACUGGGAUACAACCCCGCAUAUGUCAUGAGAGAGGAUCUAAGGAGUGGGCAUCGUAACACACCCGAGUACUCUUCUCUGGAACAGAUUCUGAUGGGAGACCCCAAGUCGCACGUCCGAGCGAGUGUUGGAGAGCGAUGCUCGAGUGUCGAGGAGCAGGUGGCGUGUCUCAUCUGCCACGCAACCGACCCAAAUAUCCUGGGAAGAACCUGGGCCGGCUGGGAACCUUGGGCCUAGCUGCAGACUCAACAUACACCAGAUGAACAUACAUGCAAUCUAUAUCUAUUAAACCCCAUAUAUAACAUUUUGCGCCUUCAGAACAUCUACAAUCUUGUUUUCAUUAUCCGCCCAUAAUUUUGUGCAAAGCCUAAUCCUGCAGGAAAUGUUUAAUAACAGUUUUAUGAAUAUGCUAUGGGAAGUCUUAAGUGAUAAUAGAUAGUCUUAGUACCCACAGCGUGAAACGACAGUUUUAUGCAUGAAUAUGCUAUGGGAAGUCCUUAUGUAAGAAGUGAUAGUCUCAGUACCCCACGGGCACUCCAUCUCCUCUUCCGUCACUCCCUGCCCACCACACGUUAACCCUUUCCCUCCCACCACUGCCACCGCCCACAGGUCUAGAACACACAAUCUGUCCUCUGCCAAACAAGACUCGCUCGAAGCCUCUGACUGGACCCACAACACGGUGCCCCAGUUCCCUCAGCUCUCUAAUGGAGUCGAGCGGUAUCCCCUCCUCAAUGUGGAUGGAGCUGUCUGUACUGUCCGGCCUGAUGCAGAACCGCGCCGAGUCCAGUGCAGACUGUGGGUCCAUUCCGUGGUCUAUCAUGUUGAGCAGAACCUGCACAUGACCCUGUGGCUGCAUGAACCCUCCCAUCACACCAAAGCUGGCGUAGAGCUCUCCGGACUCGGAGUGGGUGGCCAUUCCUGGGAUGAUGGUGUGAUAGGGUCUCUUACCAGGGGCCAGGCAGUUCGGAUGAACGGAGUCCAGCGAGAAAUUGGCCCCUCGAUUUUGAAGAGUGAAGCCACAGCCCUUUGGUACGAGGGCAGUGCCAAAGCCCAUGUAGUUGCUGUUGAUGAAGGAGCAGGCGUUUCCAUGGUCGUCUGUCACACUGAAGUAGACGGUGUCACUGUGGCUGGAUGGCUGGCCUCUCUCACAUACUGGUAGGCACCUGACAGAUUCGGAAGAAAUACUACAGACUUGUUUGCAUACUCCAUGGACUCCCUUGUAGCAAUGUUAAUGCAAGAUAUUAUAUUGCAAAAGCUCAUGCAUGAGGUGUGGUUUCGUUCAUAUU